GCCUAAUAUCAGGUGAUGUCUUUGAAAGUCUUAAGUCUGAGGAAUACUCAAGAAGACGAACCGCCAGAUCCACAGCUGAUGAGGCUGGACAAUAUGUUGAUAGCAGAGGGUGUCGCCGGGCCUGAGAAGGGUGGUGGUGCAGGGGCGGCGGCGAACGCGUCUGCAGCAGCUGCUUCUCAAAGCCCCGGCGGGCCCCAGGGCGAGAAUGCGAUUGAGCAUUCCGACUACAGGGCGAAACUUGCCCAGAUCCGACAGAUAUAUCACCAAGAACUCGAGAAGUACGAACAGGCGUGCAACGAGUUCACGACGCACGUGAUGAACCUCCUGCGGGAACAGAGUCGCACGAGGCCCAUCACUCCCAAAGAGAUCGAGCGCAUGGUUCAGAUCAUCCACAAGAAGUUCAACUCCAUCCAAGUCCAGCUCAAGCAGAGCACCUGCGAAGCCGUCAUGAUCCUCCGGUCGAGGUUCCUGGACGCCAGGAGGAAGAGGCGGAAUUUCAGCAAACAGGCGACGGAGAUCCUGAACGAGUACUUCUAUUCCCAUCUCAGCAAUCCUUACCCAAGCGAAGAGGCGAAAGAAGAACUCGCCAGGAAGUGUGGUAUCACGGUAUCUCAGGUAUCUAAUUGGUUUGGCAACAAGAGGAUACGAUAUAAAAAAAAUAUAGGCAAAGCUCAAGAAGAAGCCAACCUCUACGCUGCAAAAAAAGCAGAUUAUAUAAAUGACUGCUACUCACCUCCGUCUGCGGCGGGUUCUUCCCCGUACAGUCUGGCACCUUCAUCGCAAGGACAGAUAAUAAGUCCUCCUCCAGGUUCGGGGACGCCUCAGGAUUCCAUGUACAACAUAAGCAUGAACGGCGGCGACUCCUACUCGUCCAUGGGGGCGAACGUUCAGUCACAGGCGAACGCACUGAGGCAUGUGAUCUCUCAGACAGCGGGCUACGCAGAUGGCCUUCCGCCGCAGUCCACCGCAUCUAUGUAUGACCCUGCAGGCAUGCAUCAGGUAACCUUCCGAGCUUCAUCCUUAGUGUAGACCGGGGACGAUAAACAUCAGCCAAUCGGUGAACAGGGCCAGGCUCAAACUAGCCAAUCAGGAAGGACUCGAAUACUUCACAUAUAUACGUUUCAAAUAAAAUCUCUCAGACCUCAAGAAUCAUGUCUCAUCAAAAUAAAAGUAAAUGAAUAAAGUUUAAAAAACAUCGUUUCUUGCACUUUGUCGCACAGAAGAAGAAAGAAUAGCAAGAUUUUGGGGAUUUUGCAGGGAGAGAUGAAAUCCCUGACCAUUGAACUUGUACACUAGGAAAAGUGACGUUACUUCUGUAUGCUAGUGUCGUUCUUUUCAAAACCGCGCAUCGGUCGCGGAAAACGGUUUUUAAGUGUACAUUUCUUUCUCAGAAAUAUAAAAUAUAUCAUUGUGAUGACUCAUCUGGAAAUUCGGAUAUGACUCUUGUACAUCAGAAUUCACAAUUCGGCGUCUUUCCCCCCCGUGUUGUUGUUCUAAAGACUGUGUAGCAAUCAGCAGAAAUAUGUGCACUUUUAUAUAAAUAAAUAUAGACUCGUCAGUGAGGACAGUGACUCGCGCUACGUUUUAAUUUCACGUUCGUUUUUCAUUCACUCCAAUUAUGAAAGGUUGGGACAAAAGAACGUGGCCGUUCGGGGGAAGAUUUCGGUUCACCAUCGCCCUCAAGCGGAACGCCACCUGGUGUGCGGUUUUACGGUGCACCACGUGGAAUGUGGCUGUGACGCCGUGUGAUGCUUUCAAGUUGUUUUUUAUAUAAUAUUUCUUAAAAAGGCCCAAAGAUUGCUGUUAUUCACGUCCAUUCGUCUAUUCGAUACAUUGAUUUUCCCCCUUAUCAUUUGCCAGUGUACAUCUAGUGUUGGAAUCAAAGCAGAGAAAGUUCACCACCUCGGUUUCAUUCUUCCGUUUGUUUUGUUUCGUUUUUUUUUUUUCUUCCCUGAAUUUUGUAUAAAUUUUUUUUCGGAAAGUAGCACGGUUUGAGAGGUAUUGUAAUUAAUAUGCGUGAAAAUUUUCUGUAUAACUCAUUUGUAUAUGAAUGUCGAUUGAUUUUGUGCAAAAAUUAUGUAUAGUAAAAUGAGCUUGAUAGGUAUCGAUGAUACUUAGGUAAUGUGUACAGGUCUCAAGUUUCGUAACUUGCUUUUAGGAGUCUAUUAUACGUAUAGGCAUUACAUUAAUCGAAUGACUUUUUUUUUAAAAUUUCUGUGAUGAAGAGAAAAUCGUUUAACCAAACUAAUAUGUUAAUUUCACUUCCAGUUGUGUUUGAUUUACAAAGUGCAUUUUUUAACGAUUGUGUUUAUAAAUUAUUGAUGCAAUGUUUCUUAAUAAAUUGCAGUUGAUAUUUGCCAGUAAAAAAAUGUAAAAGUUGAAUAAAUACUUAUUCAGAAUACUUGUUGAAAUUAUUAAAAUGAUAUUCAUUAUUUUAAUGACCGUCAAGAAAUGUGUGAAAAUCAAAAUUUUGCCUAAAUUGUCAACGGAAUAUUUGAAGCAAUAGCAGAUAUUAUUUUAGAUAUAAGUUUGUUUUAAAUUUCUUAUUAUUUCUAACAAAAUUUCCCUUUUUAAUAUCAUGUCCGGUAUUUUUAUUUACUUUUGUAAGGUUACACUAAUUUAAAUAUUUUAGAUGCUUAAGUAAGGCCUUUUAAUAAAUUAAUGUAAUUAUAUUCUUAUAGUUAAAUGUUGAAACAGUUCAGUUAGACAUUUCAUUAAUAUUUAUCUUAAUUUAUAGCUGUGAAAACGAGUGGUAUGUUCGAAUACAAUUAAAAUCUAAAAGCAGAAGAAAUAUAAUGACAAAUUUAACAAAAACAUGGCAUUUAAAAUUACCUUAAGUUUACCAUCAGUCUUUAUUGUUAUUAAUAAAUGUUAUGAAGAUUUCUAUAAUUAUUAUCAAUUUUAUUUUAUUUAUGAAUUGUUUUAUGAAAUUCUUGAUGCUCUGACAUUAUCAGGACCGGAUUCAGAAAUGUGUGCAUGUAUGUGCAUAUAUAUUUGUGUGCGUGUAUAUAUAUGUGCAUACAAUGAACACAUACAUCCAUACAUACGCACAUUUCUGAAUCCGGUCCCAAUAACAAAAGAGUACCAGUUCUUAAGCUAAACAGAAAUUGUUUCAGAUGUUUUAGAGUAAGCAAGAAAUUAUCUAAAAAAUAAAUAGUUUGUCUACAAAUUUUUAAAUUCAUAUGUAUAUAUUUGUAAUGAACAGUGUUGGGGAUGUGCAAUCCUGUUUACUUAUAACUAAAUCAUGAUAGUUUGGUCAGAUGAGUUUCUUUAGUGUGAAAUCUAAAUAGAUAUUUUAUUCCAAAUUUAGCUCUUUAAAAUAUGGCAAUGGCUUACAACUUUUGGAGAUUAAAUUUUACUCUUGUAAUGAACUGAAUAAAGCAAAUGUUAUUAUAUUUUGUUCAGGUCAUUACGAUGAUUCAUAAGCAUUUUAUUUAUUAUACUUUGACCUUUUCUAUGCAUAUGAUAAUUAGAAUUUUACCUGCUAAUUAAUUAAUCAGUCUUGGAACUGUAAAGCUGAAAAUAACUAAUUUUAAAUCUGUGUAAAUACUGCAAAUAUAUCAAACUUAAUUUUUUUUUUUUUUUUUUUUUUUUUUUUUUUUUUUUUUGUUGUUGUUGUUUUGUGUGUUUCCAAAGAUCAGUACUUUUAUCAUCGAUUUCUAUCAAGCUCAGCAAACUUGUAUAGAAAACUAAGAAGCCUACCUUGUUUACUCUUAGCUACAAUAUUUAUUGUAAUAAUUCAUUAUUCCCCAUUCAGUGCUGAUGAAGCUUGUAAUACUUUAGAAAUCUGAACUUAUGAUUUUUCUGUUCAAUUAAAUUUUGUUCAUUCCUAAUGUGAAUAUUUUAAAUACGUACAGUUGAAGAUUGUAGCUGUUAUGUUAUUUUUUAUUAAUAUUCGAAAAGCAGUUUCAAAUCAGUCAUUUUACAUCUAUAUUUUUUUUUCAAACAGUUUAACUGUGUGAUAGAUUCUGUUGUACUUAAAAUGCAUUUCUUAUGUAAGAUUCUAUUUCCAUCUGUGAUUUAAGUCGGGUUUCUUUACGAAACAUCUGACAUUUUACUUGUGCAUUAUUCUGAAUCUGUGUACUGAAAUAAGAAAAACAUCUGUAAAGAAAAUAAUUAUGUUUUUGAAUUUAUGGUUAUGAGUUUUUAAAUCCCUGAAAUACCAGACCUGUAUAUGUUCUCAAAAUUACAUAUCGCGUUGUACAAUUAAUUGUAUGAUGAGAAUUCCUGCAAUGAUCUCUUAUAGUGUACAAUCAAUAACAUACAAGAUUUUGUUUUUAAGGCGUUUGCAAACUGCACAUAUUGUAUUUGAAUGAACGAAAUAUAAAUUAUGUUAUUCGUUAAAAAAUAA